UUUCUCCGGUAGCGGAGAAGGAGCCCUCUUUGCGUUGGCCGGGGACGAAUUUCUGGAGAGAGAGAGGAGAGAGAAGAGGGGGAGGGGGGAGGGGACAAGUCAACAAACACGAAUUUCUGAAGCGGAUUUACGAAACCACUGAAAGAAAACCAGGAACACCGAGAUUUCGCUCUCAUCUCUACCUCUCUCCACCUUCCUCCGCAGUCUCUCCGAUAGCGUAUCUCCUGUUCAACUAUAUCCAGGAACCUGGACGAGUAGGAAGCGGUUUGCCUUCCACGCCCUCUAUUCGCCGGCCCGUCCCUUGCCGAUAGCCCCUCUAUCUCUAUCUCUUGCACGAACAGAUAUAGAAACAAGCGAGUGAGAAAGGGGGGAAAGAGCGAGGGAGUGGAAAGUUCUCCGAUUCAGAUUGUCUAAGGAUUGCCUUUGUGACUUUACCGGGCGAAGCUUCUUUCUUUUCUCCGGCCGAUAUCGAGGGAAGACGUGAGUUUUCAUCGAAAAUCUGAAGGAAAGUGGGUCUUGGGACCGUUGUCCGGUCGAAUCGGGCAUAGUUUCCGAUAAUUUUGCGGUUUCCGCCAAAGGACUCUCUGCCCAUUUGGUUUUUCGAUCAUUAGCUGCGUGUGGAUAUAACAGGAACAAAUUUUCCGACGAGCAAAUCGUCCACUCCUCCAUUUAUUCCGGCGAGAAAGGGGUCCUUCUUUAUUGAAAACUGCAUUUUCCGGCGAAGCAGGUCCGGCGUAUAUUGGUUUCCGAACCAGAUCCCCGUUUAUAGGAGAAAGUAGAAACUGACUGUUCCAGCCGAAAUCUCGGUGCCUCCUUGGAAACUUCUGGCGGGGCGUCCUUUUUGCCCGCCAUGAAUCCGAAAUCCGGCAUCAUCGACCGGUGGCGUAAGUUUUUCCGCGGGGCGGACGGUGACAUCUUCGAUGUUCUGGAGUAUGCAAUCCUCGUGGCGGCGUCGGAUUGCCCGAAGGAGUUCAGGAUCAGGAGGGACGAGAUCGCCCAGAAGCUUUUCUCCUGCAGGCUGAUCCGCUGUGUGGAAUGCGAUUCGGUGGCGCUGGCGGAGCCGACCGAGGAUAGAGAUGGUGGCUCCGAGGGGUGCCAUGUGAAAGAGAGCAAGGUCAAUAGCAGCACCGACGAUAAUGAGAGGAACCGGAUUAGCAAUUACAGCUACGACGAGGCAGAGGCACUCACUGAGGAGAUUGAGGAGGAGUCACAGAUUGUGGGUGAAGUCCUUCGGAUUAAAGAAGUUCUUGAAAGUCCUGAUGAGUCUGAUGCUUCACUUUUCGAAUCAUUGAGGAGGCUGCAACUGAUGGAGCUCUCGGUUGACACCUUGAAGGCCACAGAGAUUGGAAGAGCUGUUAGCAGGUUGAAAAAACACGGCUCUAAGCAGAUACGAAAUCUGUCCAAGACACUCAUCGGUAACUGGAAGGACUUGGUUGAUGAGUGGGUUCGAACCACCUCAACAGUGACCGGGGAUUCGCCGGACUCCCUUAAUCCUUCGACAGUAGACGACGACGACGAAGAAGGACUACCUUCCCCUCCACUAGAUGAAGGAGCUUUCUUGGCUCCACACACUACAUCAAUUGAGCUCUCUCAGUUCUUCGAUGGGAUGGAUGAUGAUGGAAACCCUCGGAGUGGUGUUAGUGAACGUGACAAGCUUAAGGAGAAUGGGAGAAAGUCUGAUCUCGAGAACAAUGUUCAGCGGAGAAAAGUGGACUUGUCAGAGAAGGAUAUUGUUAGGGAAGAAAAGGAGGUGAUUAGAAACCAAGAAGCUUUUGUGGAUAGAAGACAAAUGAAGGCACCCCACUUCCAUGCACCAUCCAACAAUUCGGCUCCAGGCCGGCCACCAAAGCCAUCGACAGACAUUAAGCUCGUCACUAAGCCUAUAUUGCAGCAAAGACCAUCGUCGGUCCAAGCAACUGCAACAGCCACAGUCUCCGACAAAUCCAAGUGUUCAGAUGACAUGUCCGUCCGAGUGAAGCUUGAGGCUACCAAGAGAAAGCUUCAGGAAGGGUAUCAGCAAGCGGAGAACGCAAAGAAGCAAAGAACAAUUCAAGUCAUGGAGUUGCAUGAUCUGCCCAAACAGGGAUUGGUACAGAGACAUCCCCACAUGAAGCCUGGUUUCCAUAAUCGACACUGGAACAAUGGGCGGCGUUGAUAGCAGUCGCACUGAUGAAGAGAUACGCUCCAACUGACUGGCUUCCACUUCCAAACAAAAAGUGAGAGUGAAAGUUUAGACCUCUGCUUGUCUGCAACUAUGAUUUAGUACAGACAUGACAUUCACGACAGUCAACCUCUCUCCCAUUGGAAUUGCAGCUCAUCUCCACCUCAAGCGAUGGAUGUCUAUCCAGCACAUGAAUGAGCCGAGGCCUUUCUUUUUCAGUUCAAGGUCGCGGGAGGUAAAAAGUGAAACAUACUAUAGAAUUAUGUAUAUGGAGAACUAAAAUUUUUGACAUUUUGACUCACCGUAACUCUGGUACCGUGUCUCGAACUCUCCGUGAGCCAGGACUCCAAUUUGUCAGCUCAUUUCUGAGAUAAAUCUAUGAAAAACAUUAUUUCUGCGGCA